GACGUGUGACCUUCCGCCAUUGCCGGUUUUCUUCGCCCAAAAACGAUGUUGAAAGCAUCGAGAAACUCCUAUAACCUCGGUCUUAGGAUCAGCACUAUACGUCCUAAUGUGCGGAAGCCGUUCUCCACUGAUGCUCCUCCUACACAGCCAAAAAAAGGAGGUGGAGUGUUUCUUAAACUUGUUGGCCUGACAACCUUGGGUCUUGCUGGUACGACUGGCUAUGCAUGGUAUGAUGCCGCAUUUAAAAAGAAGAUCACAGACAAUGUUCCAUACUCCCAGGAAGUACUAGACUUCAUCUUCCAGUAUCUUCCAAGCGAAAGACCCCAGCUGCCAUCGAUGCCUUCAAUGCCAUCAAUCAGCAUGCCAGAUAUUCCAUUUUUCAAGAAAGAUACUGCAACCCAAGACCCCCUUGAAUCAAAUGAAAUCAUACCAUUGAAAAAGCGUGAUUCAGCCACCAGUGUAACAGUAAAAGAGCCUCUACCAGUUAAAGUGAUAAAGAGUGACGGCACAGCCAAUGCUCCCCCAUCGAAGGACACAGUCGAACGUAAGGCAGAAAGAGCUAAGCAAAAGUCUAAAGACUUUGAAGCGAGUCGUGACUAUGAAGCGAGUAUGUGGUUUGACGAAGGUCGUUGGGCUGAUCCUCUACUUGUUCCAAAGAAAAAAAACAAGAAAAAAAGAAACAGACCUGAAUCCACAGUAGCGCCCCCUACUGCUGCUCAGAUUGAGGCGGAGCUAAAGUCUAAAGAGGUGGACGAUGCUGCUGAAAAUGCUGCCCUGGAGUCCAUACUUACGGAGGUGCUGAGCGGUUGUAAAGAAACAUCAGACCAAGCAAUCAGCGCCCAAAAUCUUGCUAGGGAGGCAACGGAAAAUCACUCACAGCUAAUGAAGAAGGCUAUGGAGGACCCUGAUUUAGCUUACAAGAACCAGCAGUGGUUGGCUGUGACUCGGGCCUUGGAUGCCAAAAAUGAUGCUAAGAAAACAGCAGACAAGUUAACUUUAAACGCAAGGAAAGACAUUGAGAAAUUGAAGACUGUGAUUGUUGAUGCAAAAGAGCAUGCAGCUACCAAGUCUAACAAGGCACUCAUCUCUGCUCAGGAGGUGCUGGGUAAAAUACAGUACGAUCUUGAUACCACAAUCAACAAGGUCCAUUCUGCUGAAUCGAUCACCAAGAUGUUGAAUGAAUACAAGGACCUGAUAGAGAAAGGCAAACAACAGUUGAGGAAGGAAUUAGAAAGUGUUUCUCCUGCAGUCACUAUGGGUGGAAAAGGAAAGAAACUGAAUGAAGAAGAAUUGAAUAGUCUAAUCGCGCACGCCCAUCGGAGAAUUGAACAACUUCAGCGCCAACUUGCUGAGGAGCAGGCGCUCGGACAGAAACGAUUGGAUGAUGCUAUGGUCAAACAGAGGAAGGAGGAUGAGCGCUUGGCUGGUGAAGUUGUCAAUGUUGAGUUGCAGAAACAAAAGAGUCAGUACGAUGUGCAGAAACAGAUAUGGGAGGCAAUGGCAAGAGAACAGAUGGAACAAGAACUCCGCCAACAACUUGCGCGUCAGGCAGCCGCCCACAGCGACCAUCUGGCAGACGUCCUGAGAAUCCAAAGGAAAGAGAUGAUCAUUCAACAGGAGGAGCAGCUGAGGGAGAAGCUGAUCAGUGAGCAUGUGAGGAUACAGAAGGAACUCGAUGGCUGGAUUCAGAGACUCAAGGGUAUUGAGGCUGCAGUUGAAGGUCGGGCCGAACAAGAAAAGAUCGGCAGAAAAGCACAAGAGCUUUGGUUGGCCUGUCAGACUUUACAGAAAGCCAUUGCACAGGGCAAAGGUGAUGGCUCAUUCGGUGAAGAAAAGCUCAAACCAUUAGCAAACGAAUUCAUGGCCAUUCGAGAGGCGGGCAACGGCCACCCUUUCGUCAACCAGGUGAUCCAGGCAGUUCCGGAAGAAGCCAUUCAGCGCGGUGUGUGGACAGAAGAUGAACUACAAAAACGGUUUACAAAAGUUAAGAAGAUAUGCCGCCGUGUUUCAAUGAUUGACGAAACUGGCGGGUCACUCCUGAAGUACUUUGUUUCCUAUUUGCAAUCUUUGUUCAUUGUGGAAUAUGCCGCAGUGGUGAAUGCUAGUGAGGAGCUAAAGGUUGAAGACUUGGACACUUUUAAAAUUCUUGCUAGUGCCGAUCAGUGUCUCCAGGACGGUGAUUUGAUAACUGCUGUAAGAUUUAUGAACCAGUUGCAAGGGGAACCAAGGCGUGUUGCAUCAGGAUGGCUAAAGGAAGCGUUACUGUUGCUCGAGACUCAGCAGGCUGCUCAGUGUUUAUUAGGUCAUGCGUCAGCUAGGGGUCUAGGGUCAUUAUUUUGAGGUAUGCUCAGGAUAGAAGCAUUUAUGAAAUUGAUUUUCCUAGUAAGUGUCUGCUUGUGAUACAACUCAAAAGUUUGACCUGCUCUGGCAAAAGUACAAAAGUAGGUGCUGGUCGGAUAUGGAGAAAGAGGAAAUUGGAAAUAGUGAGGAAACUUUUGUGUGGGAAUAUCACUUCCAUUGAUUGUUGAGAGUAGGUUGAUCACUCAAGAUAAUGACUUUGGUGACAACUUCAUGAUAUCAUCACUUACUUGCAAAGGUAUUAAGGGGUUUGUGGUAUCUAAUGUGAUAAGGCCACACUUUUUAUAUUGCAUUUACUUGGAUUACAAAAUGUUCACCCAAAAAAGACAUGUGUGGGAAGAGGGGAGUAUACAAUUUGUGAUGUCUUUUUGAAGCAAGUGUCCUGGAUUACAGAUGAUCUUUUCAAAUGAAGAUGUUAGCUGUGUUUUAUCAAAAUAUAACAUGAAAAUUUAAAUUAAAAAAAAAUCAUCUCUCGACAGCAAUAAUGUACUCUGAAGACUCAAAAGGUAUCUAAGAAGCAAAAUUUUUCCUCCUUCACCGAAAAUCAGUGAGGAUGGAUUGAUAUUUUCAAUCUGUUUUUUUUCUCGGAAACCAUAGAGGGCGGUUUUGUAAUCCAACUAAUUAAAAAAAUGUUGCCUUACUGUAAAUAUUUCUGAAGCACUGAAUCACCCUUCUAGAAUAAUGUGCUAUGUUGUGUAAUAAAAGUAUAUGACAUAA